AUGACUGAGCUCCCAGCAGGAGCAGCCACGUCCCAGGCAGGACAGCCACCCUUCGAGGCCGAAUUCUCCGAGGUCAUUGUCUGCAAGAAUGAGCUCCACGAGACACUCAACAACCUGUCCCACUGGGUGAAGGAGGAGCCUGUGGAGAAGAACCUGGUGGCCAAGCUGGACUCGGCCUUCAUCCGCAGGGACCCCUACGGGGUGGUGCUCAUCAUUGCUCCCUGGAACUACCCCAUCAGCCUCCUCCUGGCGCCCCUCAUCGGGGCCAUCGCUGCAGGUAACUGUGCUGUCCUCAAACCCUCCGAGGUGACCAAGAACACUGAGAGGCUCGUGGCUGAAGCUCUGCCCACGUACUUGGACAAGGACUGCUUUGCCGUGGUGACCGGCGGCGUGCAGGAGACCACCAGGCUGCUGGAGAACAAGUUUGACUACAUCUUCUUCACUGGCAGCCCCGGGGUGGGCAGGAUCAUCAUGACGGCCGCCGCCAAGCACCUGACCCCGGUGACCCUGGAGCUGGGGGGCAAGAACCCCUGCUACGUGUCCGACAGCUGCCAGGUGCAGAACGUGGCCCGGCGGGGGGCCUGGGGACGCUUCUUCACUCCCACGGUGCUGGUUGAUGUGCUCCCCUCUGACCCCGUCAUGCAGGAGGAGAUCUUUGGCCCCGUCCUGCCCAUCGUCACCGUAGCCAACGUGGAUGAAGCCAUCGGGUUCAUCACCAGCCGUGAGAGGCCGCUGGUGGUUUAUGCCUUCUCCUCCAGCAGCAAGGUGGUGAACCAGGUGCUGGAGAGGACCAGCAGUGGUGGCUUCUGUGGCAACGACACCCUGAUGCACUUCAUGUUGACCUCGCUGCCCUUCGGGGGGAUCGGGAACAGUGGCCUGGGGAGGUACCACGGCAAGUUCACCUUCGAGACCUUCAGCCACCAGCGGGGCUGCCUGCAGCGCAGCAUGGGCCUGGAGCCCCUCAACAGCCCCCGGUACCCCCCCUACAGCCAGCAGAAGCUGGGGCUGAUGAUGGCCGCCUUCGAGGUCAAGCGCAGGGGCAUCUGCACCCUGCUCUGA